AUGCUUGGUGUCGUGGGCCUCCUCUUAGUUCUGCUGAGCACAUCGGUGCUCGCGGAUCUGUUCACCUCGUUGGCCGACAUGCAGGUCUUGGUAGAUACUAAGAAGAAUAUUCCGUCUCUUUUGUACCGAUACAUUAACAACGAACAAGAACGACUCGAGCAGUUGAGAGGACUGGCGCAGCAGUAUGAAACAAAACAUUCGAUGGAGAACACUAUCAAAGACAUCACUAAUCCAAUUAAUGCCUUUCUACUCAUAAAAAGAAAGAUGUACGACUGGAAGAACAUCGAGCGCAAAAUGCAAAUGAACAAAGCCGAUUCGUUCAUUGAACGUGUCAGCAACGCCAACUACGGGAUCCGUCUGCCCACAGAGGAAGAUUUAACUGGAGCAGCUAUUGGUUUGUUGCGUCUUCAAGACACUUACCGCUUGGACACUAGAGAUUUGGCUCAAGGACGCAUUUUGGAAGUACAGGGCAACUUCUCGCUGAACGCUGGCGAUUGCUUCGACAUCGCUAAGGCCGCCUAUAAUGAAGGUGAUCACUACCAUGUCGUUAUGUGGAUGGAGGAGGCAAGAAGGCGUCUACACCAUGAAACCGUGAAAACUGCUGAUCUCGAACAGGUCUUGGAAUACUUGUCGUAUUCUCUCUACAAACAAGGAAACCUCAAGCAUUCACUUCAGCUGGUAGAAGAACUCUUUGCAAUGAAUCCUGAUCAUCCACGGGCAAAAGGCAACAUUAAGUGGUAUGAGGACCUGCUGAAACAGGAAGGAGUCAAAACUGCUGAUAUGAGGAGGUCUCUGGGUCGAAUAAGGAACGAUCGUCCGGAUAGUGUGCUGGGAAAUAGGGAACGCACCAUCUACGAGGCGUUGUGCAGGAGUGAAGUGCCUGUCAGCGAGAAGGACAUCUCGAAGCUGUAUUGCUACUACAAAAGAGAUAGGCCAUAUCUCGUCUAUGCUCCUAUUAAGGCAAAAAUCAAGAGGUUCAAUCCUCUCGCUGUUUUGUUCAAGGAAGUAAUGAGUGACGAAGAGAUCGAGGUUAUUGAGCAGCUCUCAGUUCCAAAGUUGAACCGUGCAACCGUACACGAUUCUGCCACGGGAAAACUCGUUCAUGCAACGUACAGAAUCAGCAAAAGCGCCUGGCUGAAGUCUUGGGAGCACGAGGUGGUGGAACGAAUCAACAAACGCAUUGAUAUGAUGACUAACUUGGAGAUGGAAACUGCGGAAGAGCUGCAGGUGCAAAAUUACGGUGUCGGUGGUCACUACGAUCCUCACUUCGACCACGCAAGGAAGGAGGAGACGGAAUCGUUCAAAACUCUCGGAACUGGCAACAGAGUUGCAACUGUACUCUUCUAUAUGACGGAACCACGUUACGGAGGGGGCACUGUCUUUACAGAGGUCAAGUCAACUGUUCUGCCAACGAAAAACGAUGCCCUCUUCUGGUACAACCUCCACAAGUACGGUGACGGCAACGUGUUGACUCGCCAUGCUGCUUGCCCAGUCCUUCUGGGGGAGAAAUGGGUAACGAACAAGUGGAUUCACGAGCGAGGAAACGAGUUCCGACGUCCUUGCGCCUUGAAAAUGUCAGAGAACGAAAGGUUCGUCGGUGACCUCGGUAUCGGACCGGAGCCUAGAAACUCUCCAAAUCUUAGUCCGGAUCUGUCCAAAGACAUAUUUAACACUAUCUAA